GUCAGAUAUGGAAAUUUACUAGUAAAUAAAGACAUUGACCUUCAAAACUUCGGAGGUCAGGCAUUUCGUGUGAGAUGUAAGCCCAUGUGGAUUGUAUGCGACUAGGGCAGGAAAAAGGACAAGCAAAUGAAAGCAAGAACUAUGAACAAUUUCUGAACAAAGCUUUUACAUUUGUUGUUGUGAUACCAUAAAAUUCGUUGUAAAAAAAACAACAAUAAAAUAAAACCCACUUUGUAACUAUCUUUAUUUGUGACAUUAAUCCUUUUCAUGUUCGGGAUGAUUAAGAUGUUAAUGUCUGUGAAAGCACUAAUUAUUAUUUCUAUUGCAUUUUAAUGAAAUAAAUCAACACAAAAACUGUAACCAACUAAAAAAAAAGGACACUUUGUAACGUAACACUAUUGAAACACAAAAUGUGGCGGCCUGUUAUUCACCGUGGGCUAAUUUUAUUUCUUUUCUUUCAAGAGGAUACAAUUUAAUACAAAAAAAACUUCAGUUAAAAAAAAACUUUAUUGGAUUACAUCAAAAAUAGUUUCCCGUCAACGACUUUGGAAAUACACUCGCACUGAAAGCCAUGGAUUUCGUGAGGUCAUGACUCUCAGGUGCAUCCACAUCUGCGUCAGAAGUACACCCACCCCAAUGACUUCAGGAACGGAUGCCUUCUUUAACUUUUCAGCCCUUGACGAGUUCCUGACUUUAUCGUACGAGAGGCGGCAGGAUGUUUUACUGCAGCUCAGGAACAAAGGUUACAGCGAACAGGAACUUUAUGAUCUCUUUGGGGAAAGGAUACAAAGUGAGCACACGUACCUGUAUCCUGAGUAUAGAGUACACAAGCUGAUCCUUCUCUACGUCCCGCCAUUUUUACUCAUCUUUGGAACGCUGGGAAAUCUUUUCAGUUUCCUGAUAUUACGUCAUCGGUCAAUGAACAAACAAUCGAUCUACGUCUACCUCAGCACGCUGGCCAUCUUCGACAGCUUCGUUCUCUACUUCGGCCUCAUCCGAACCUGGGUCAACGAGAUCCGGGGCUCGGACAUCCGGGACGAGAGCGCCUGGCUGUGCAAAGGCCUUCCUACCUUGGGCUACACCUGCAGCGACGUGUCGGUGUGGCUGAUAGUCGCCGUCACCCUGGAGAGGUACAUCGUGGUCAGUCACCCACUCAAGGCCCACCACUUCUGCCAGGACGUCCGCGCCAAGAAGAUCAUCGCCGGGAUAGUGGUCCUCUUCUUCCUGAUCAACGCCCACUUCCUGUUCAGCACGGACCUGGCUCAGGUGCCCCCCAAAGGAGUAAGACAUAAGGACGUGGUGGAGUAUCAGUGUAAGCCGGUCCAAGGCUUUGACGGACUCAUCUACAUAGCGUGGCCUUGGGUGGACGCCUUGUUGUACGGGUUCGGACCUUUCGUCCUCAUCAGUAUUUUCAACUCCAUUAUCAUUCUCAAGAUCUGCCAAGCCAAUAAUUCCAGGGCGAAAUUAGUUCAAGGUCGCUCCGCCCGAAGUACGUCCUCAUCCUGUGAGUCCGGCAACGUGAGAAUCACCGUGAUGUUGCUGACCAUCUCUUUCACCUUUCUGCUGACCACACUGCCCAACAACCUUGCCAAGAUCAUCUCCAUCUGGUUCAACAAGGACUCAGAAAACAGUCUCCUUAUGUCCAGGGGGAUGCUGUUCGACACGCUGGCCACUAUGCUGAUGUACCUCAACCACUCGUGUAACUUCCUCCUCUACUGCGCCACGGGGCGCAAAUUCAGGACGGUGGUUGUCCGCUGCUUCUGCGCUAAGAUCCGGCAGCGCACGCAGCCCACUAUGGACCAUAGCCAGCAUCUUUUCUGCUCCCGGCGGCGUUCCGGUGUGGCCGGGUCCUCGAAAGAAAGCCAAGAGAGUGAAGUCUGACGGUUAAGGGAGCCCCCGGACAUCGGCGAAAAGGACGAAUGCUCAGAUGUGGACAAAAUUGUUAUGAAUGAUGUAUCAGACCCUGACCUGAUUAUAUGCCACAGCAUUCUCCUGGAGAGCCGGGUGUAACCAAUAGGAAGAGAAAUUGACAAACUGUCCGGAGGUUCCCUGACCCCAAAAACCUAUUUAGACUCCUUCAUUUGCUAAAUAUACUCCAAAGAUUCACACACAAUUGUUGCGUUUCAUUGGACAUUAAGCCAAUACAUACCUAUAGUCAUAUUAAAAUCUCAAGUGAUCUUAUUGAUUUUUAUUUCUAUAUUUUUCUGAGAAACUAUUUUAAACUUAGUCUCCUAGAUGCUAACUCAUUUCAAUAACAUUGAGCAAUGACUUAGCAGCCUUUAAGUCUCUAAUUAACAAUCACGGCUAGAUUAACACACGGAUACAUAUAGAACUUAAUUAUCUUCUUUUUUAAUGAACUUCUAUACAUUAUAAGAUAAGACUAACGAUAGACUACUGUACUGAUAGAUUGUAACGUUUCGUCUUAUAGACAGAAAUGGCAGAGUUAAAAACAUGAGUCCUUCCAUAACUUCCAGGUCAACACAGAGUUUGACAGGUGUGUAUAGCUCUUUCUUGAAGUGUUUAUGUCCAGAUAAGGAAAUUAAAACCCUUUGAAAUAAAUAUUUAUAAACACUGAAUAUUAAGAAGUUUUUUUUUAUAUCAAAAAUGAUUCUUUCAAUAUGAGAUUUCUUCAUGUGAGAAAUGUUUUCAAAGUCUUAGGAUAAAGUCUGCGUUAAUAUAUUUGAGAGUUGUUACUCCACACAUAGCUCAGACUCCAGACCCGCGUCGUACAGACCUGUGUUGUGGAAAUGAGGUAUUGGUAUUCAUUGCCCACUGAUUGCAACGUUGCAGGUCAGUGUUUGGGCCCUCUAUGAUUAUUGAUCUCUAAUCAGAGCCCUUCAGUAUGAUAAUAUGUUAAGUACCCUAAUAAGUUUUUUGUUUGUUUUUUUCUAUUUAAACUUAGCCACUGUACUUAUCUGGAGGAAUAGAAUAAUUCAUUCAAUGGUUACUUGACAAUCUUUUGUAGCAUAGAAAUUCAGUUUUACUUUUUAUAACCUUUGGUUUUAACCUGUUUUUAUUUCAUUCAGUAGUUGAUAGAAUGGAACAGUAUCUAUAGAGCUGUAUUGAAGACAUCGUUCGAUGUUAAGAAACAUAUGAAUAAACAUCUUGAGACAUUUGUUUGACCAAUUCUUUAUUGUGCCUCUAUUUCAUUCUAUGAACUUAUUAUGUUUAGUGAUUUAUUUAUUUAAGAGACAGAUGAACAGAACGAGAAAUGUUCAUUGUCCAAUCAUCAGCGAUUACUAAUGUUCAUAUUAUAAUGUUUAUGUAGAAUGCUUAUAUUGUUGUUAUUAUUAUAAAAAUGUUCAUAUUACAAUUUGCAUAUCUUAAUGUUCAUAUUAUAAUGUUCCGUUUAAAACGAUCAUAAUAAGACGCUUAAAACGUGUACAAUUUGUUACUUUCAUUGUACAUUUUCAAUAUGACAAUUUUCUUUGUACUUCUGAAGUAUGAUAUAUAUAUAUAUAUUCGAUGAUAAUAUUUAUCAACAGUAAUAAAAUUGGUUGAUACGAGCUUGAAUUACAUAUCAGCUACGCGAUGAUGUGAUCUUAGCAUUAGAUAGGAAAAACAAAUAUUUCAUCUCUGAGAAUUAUUUCACCCUGAUGGCGAUAUUUAACAUUUUCCACUUAAUUGUUGUCUGUCUGUCUGCUGUCUG